AUGUCUACGAGCAACGAAGAAGAUGUUUCGAGCAACUUUGGAUGCAACAUCUGUCUUGAAAUGGCGAGAGAACCGGUCGUGACACUAUGUGGUCAUUUGUUCUGUUGGCCUUGUCUCUACAAAUGGAUCCACUUCCAUUCUCAAUCGAAUCAUUGUCCUGUUUGUAAAGCUCUCGUCCAAGAAGACAGUUUGGUUCCUUUGUAUGGAUCCGGUAAGCCAUCUUCUGAUCCGAGAUCCAUGCCUCCUAAUACGAUUCCAAAUCGACCAUCUGCACCUGCACCUGCACCGAGGCUCGAAACAGCUCGUCCUCGUCUCCGACAAAGACAUGAUCAUCAUCAUGAGUCUAGUUACUUUGGAGUUGGAGGGUUUCCAAGUGGUGCACGGUUCGGGAACUUCUUAUUGUAG